GAUUGGUUGCACAUAGGUCCUUCCGUAGUGUUCGGAAUCAGGACUCUCCGAUAGUGGGUAUAAAAGCCUGGUCAUGUUCCUCUUUUCAUCAUGGUCCUCCUUCUUCCUUUCUUAUCACUCCCCUUUACAAGUCCCUUCACAGAGCCGGAUACUUUACUCACCUCAACCACAAAUACUUUCCUCUUACUCUGUUGCGUUGGAGAAAAAGACCUUGCAUACUUAGUCACGCGACUGAUAUAUAAGUAUCAGAGCAUAUUCUUGGAGACUGCAACCAUAAUUACUUAGUCAACUCCUUAUUCCACAUUUGAUAUACAUUGCAAAGCUUUUACAAAUCACACAAUGGCUACUCACCAAUACUAUCAGCCGAGCAUGGCCACGAACGUGCCUUCGAAAGCACCUGCACCAGCGGGUUUAUAUCCAGUUGGCCGUGUUGCUGCUUCACCAGCAGACUUUUCAGACAGCAGCACAACUGGUGGCAGUCGGACAACCGGCUACAGCGCCAAUACCAGCAGCUACUCCGGUAGCAUUAAUGGCGAUUAUGAAUCCAGUGCGAUGUCCGGUGUCGACAUCGUCGACAUGUUAAAUGAUCGAGUCCACAGUUCUUUCGAUCCAAUGCCGCUCGAUCGGGGGCUAGAGACACAGGCGCAAACGUCGGGACACUUAAAUGCCAAACAGCAAGAAUUGCUCGAACUUCAGGCGCUUGCUCAGCGUCGUUUGAAGGGAGUACGAUCCAGCUUCAACGAGGGAUUGAAAGCAGCACGGGAAACGAAGAGAGAUCUCGAGUGGACGUCAAGACGCGUGAGUGCCCUGAAAGCCAAGGCGGAGAAAGCGCAUCCAGAGGAGUACCGGCGAGCGACCAGCAAGUAUGCUUUCGAUGACGACUUCUGAUUCUUCGAACCCCUCGCGAAAUUGACAUUUGACACCUCGUUACGACGUGUAAUGACGACUAAUGAAAUGACGCUAAUGAAAUAUUACGGCUGGGUUGACUUUGGAAAGGAUUUUUUGUGACUGGUUUUUGCGUUUUCGCCCAGAAUUCUGCGGGGGUUUCCCAUUUCUUCGUGUCUCUGGUCAUGUAUGACUCUGUAAUUUCGUUCUCCUGCUCUCUUUUUCCGUUACGGAUGGCUAUUGUGUCUGGCAGGACGGCUUUUGGGUGGAUAAUUUGUCUUAAUAUCUCGUGUAAUCUCCUUACAGUCACAUGAAAACAAUACCAUACAGGACGUAAAUGGCGU